ACAAAGGAGUCGCUGGGCGGAGAAGGGAGGGGAGAGGCGAGAGGAGGAGGAAGAAGAGGAGAGAGGGCAAGCCGCGCGCGGUGUCUCCGGCUGCUCAGUCCGACCGCGGCGAGCUAGCGGGCAGGCGCGCCGCCCCCUCCCCCGCCCGGCCUCCCCAACUCUGCGGCCGCAAGCAAAGUUUGCAAAGAGGCGCGGGAGGCGGCGGCCGCGCGGCCAGGCGGCGGAGGGGAAGGAGCGCGGUCUCGGGGCUGGGGGCGGGGGCGGGGGGGCGCCGGGGAGCUGGGUGGGGGGCGGCGGCCAGCAUGCGGCCCCGCAGCGCCCUGCCCCGCCUGCUGCUGCCGCUGCUGCUGCUACUGCCCGCCGCGGGGCCGGCCCAGUUCCACGGGGAGAAGGGCAUCUCCAUCCCGGACCACGGCUUCUGCCAACCCAUCUCCAUCCCGCUGUGCACGGACAUCGCCUACAACCAGACCAUCAUGCCCAACCUUCUGGGCCAUACGAACCAGGAGGACGCGGGCCUGGAGGUGCACCAGUUCUACCCGUUGGUGAAGGUGCAGUGCUCGCCCGAACUGCGCUUCUUCCUGUGCUCCAUGUACGCACCGGUGUGCACCGUGUUGGAGCAGGCCAUCCCGCCGUGCCGCUCUAUCUGCGAGCGCGCGCGCCAGGGCUGCGAGGCACUCAUGAACAAGUUCGGUUUCCAGUGGCCCGAGCGCCUGCGCUGCGAGCACUUCCCGCGCCACGGUGCGGAGCAGAUCUGCGUGGGCCAGAACCACUCAGAGGACGGCUCGCCAGCACUGCUCACCACCGCACCGCCGCCCGGCUUGCAGCCGGGUGCUGGGGGCACUCCGGGCGGCCCGGGCGGCGGCGGCUCGCCCCCGCGUUACGCCACGCUGGAGCACCCGUUCCACUGCCCGCGCGUCCUCAAGGUGCCGUCCUAUCUCAGCUACAAGUUCCUGGGCGAGCGCGAUUGCGCGGCGCCCUGCGAGCCCGCGCGGCCGGAUGGCUCUAUGUUCUUCUCGCAAGAGGAGACGCGCUUCGCGCGCCUCUGGAUUCUCACCUGGUCAGUGCUGUGCUGCGCCUCCACCUUCUUCACCGUCACCACGUACCUGGUGGACAUGCAGCGCUUCCGCUACCCCGAGCGGCCCAUCAUUUUUCUGUCUGGCUGCUACACUAUGGUGUCCGUGGCCUACAUCGCGGGCUUCGUGCUCCAAGAGCGCGUGGUGUGCAACGAGCGCUUCUCCGAGGACGGCUACCGCACAGUGGUACAGGGCACCAAGAAGGAGGGCUGCACCAUCCUCUUCAUGAUGCUCUACUUCUUCAGCAUGGCCAGUUCCAUCUGGUGGGUCAUCCUGUCGCUCACCUGGUUCCUGGCAGCGGGCAUGAAGUGGGGUCACGAGGCCAUCGAGGCCAACUCGCAGUACUUUCAUCUGGCCGCGUGGGCCGUGCCGGCGGUCAAAACGAUCACUAUCCUGGCCAUGGGCCAGAUUGACGGCGACCUGCUGAGUGGCGUGUGCUUCGUGGGCCUCAACAGCCUGGACCCGCUGCGGGGCUUCGUGCUGGCGCCUCUCUUCGUGUAUCUGUUCAUAGGCACGUCCUUCCUCCUAGCCGGUUUCGUGUCACUCUUCCGCAUCCGUACCAUCAUGAAGCACGACGGCACCAAGACCGAGAAGCUGGAGCGGCUCAUGGUGCGCAUCGGCGUCUUCUCGGUGCUCUACACGGUGCCCGCCACCAUCGUCAUCGCCUGCUACUUCUACGAGCAGGCCUUCCGAGAGCACUGGGAGCGCUCGUGGGUGAGCCAGCAUUGCAAGAGCCUGGCCAUCCCGUGCCCGGCGCACUACACGCCGCGCAUGUCGCCCGACUUCACCGUCUAUAUGAUCAAAUACCUCAUGACCCUCAUCGUGGGCAUCACGUCGGGCUUCUGGAUCUGGUCCGGCAAGACGCUGCACUCGUGGAGGAAGUUCUACACGCGUCUCACCAACAGCCGGCACGGCGAGACCACAGUGUGAGGGGGUGUCCACAGGCCGGAGCCGCAGUGCGCUUUCCUCCGCCCGGGGGGGCUCCCACAGACUCCUUAUUUUAUUUUUUUAAAUAAAGAACAAUCGAAACCAUUUCUUUUUUAGGUCGCUUUUUAAAGAUAACUCUGCCCAACACCCCAUCAGGUUUGUAAUUAAAACUGUAAAUAGUCUUUGUAAAUUUAAUUAUAUAUUUUCUAUUUAAAAGAAAAAAGAAAAAAAAGGAGCAACGAGGGGCGCCAGGGCUGAGGAAAGGGGGGUGGGGGGGAGUCGAGGGGGUUCUCACCGUUCCUCAGUGCCCUUUCAAACACCACCCCCCACUUCGGUUCGGAUUUUUUGGUGAUUUGGCAGGCCUGGGCCAGCUGGAAGAGGUGUUGGCUGGUUUGUUACAUUCAACUUCUAAAGCCACAUCUGUGAGCCUUCUCACUGACGCUGGGCCUGGGGAAGCUGUUGGAUACUUUUGAACAAGACUUAGUUGGAUUCUCGUUUUAUUUUCCUUCCCCCCCCUUUCUCUUCGCACUUGUCCUGUCUGCUUCACUCGAUCUUUGGAACCCUCCCAACGGAGAUGAAGACGUGGAAGAAAAAAAAAAAAAACCAACGGGUGGGGUGGUGGGGAGAAGGCAGAGAGCGUGUGUGGAAUGGCCUCCACCCCGCUGGCCCACUCCCCUGCAGGCAGGAAGAUCUUUCUCCGUGACUUUUCAGCUCGCUGCCUCAAGCGCUUGGAGUGAGCCGAAAGUGCUUUGUGAAGUGUAUUUUGAAACAAAUACACCCCCCCAUACACACACACACACACACACACACACACACACACACACACAACACCUUGAGUACUGAUCGUGACCGCUUCCAAUUUUUAGGAGGAGCAUUAAUUCGCAAAUAUUGGGGUUUGGUGAUGCACUUGCAUCUAUCUCUCCCCUUUCCUCUGCAGACUGCUCCCCGCCCGCUCCCCCCACCCCUUCAACCGAAUAUCUUCUCUGGCAUUCAGGUUAGCAGUUUGUGGAUUGGUUUGUGUGUUAUGUGUGGGUUUUUGUUGCUUGGGUUUUCUUUUUCUUUCUUUUCUUUUUUUUUCUUUUCAAAAAGCAAUAAAAAUGGGUUGGGUUGGAGGGAGGGGACUGAUGGGCUGGUGGGAUUUUUAGUUUUCCUUUGACAAAAGACUGGUUUCUUUUCAAACUUGUCCAGAAAGAAGAAGAAGAAAAAAGUGGGUAUCUUUGCUUUGGAAGAAGGCUCUGGGCAGGCUCUUUGUGACUGUGGGGGUGGGGGUGAGUGUUUACAUGACAUUCUAUAUCUCCAGAUUGAUAGAAUGUUUAUAACAGAUGUUUCUUAUCUUCCCUCUACCCCCCACAAAUAAAAGUCAAGACUUUUCUUAAAGUAUCUUUGACACUGGUAUGAGAAUUGCAGUUUCCAAUACACAUAAUUUCCCCCAACUAUUUGGAAUAUUUUAGAAUUUUAACUCCAAAGGAUUGAUUUGAGGGUCAAGGGGGUGGGUGGAACAAGUAUGCCACAGAACUCAAUUUUUCACCAU